ACCACCAUUUUUUUUCAAACGUUUGUAUAUCCUAUUGAUAAUGAUCAUAUUUAUGGUAGUUGCAGUUAGAAACAAUACCUGGUCCUGAGCAAUAGCAGCUGAGCAACAAAUAUGUCACUUACUUAACAAGAAAGAUAGAAAAACCUUGGAGACGACUUCUAUUCUACAUGCUCAGUACAAGCUUUGCGUAUUGGAAACACACACACAACCAGCUCCCUUGCACACUGAACAUCCAAAAUCAAAGUCCCAACCGUUAGUAACCAGAAAGUGCAUCAUCAGCGGAUUGAAAUUUGCAAGCUGCAGCCUAGUGUUGGUGAUGGCGACAAACACCCGAGAGGAGCCUCGCUCGCCCAGAGCAUCGAUGGUUUCCUCAGAGGCAGACGCCAAAAUGGUGGUGGCCACAAGCCGUGAAGACUGCCAAAAGUUGAAGGAUCUGGUGUGCCAGAAAGAUGCUACGACGAUGCUGGUGGUCAUGUCAUCGAGCAAACAGGAUCCUCACGAGGUCGCGCCAGCAACCAUGCAUCCGCUGGUAGCAGCAGCAGCAUGCAGAGGCAAUAGGGAGGAGCUGAAUUUUCUUCUCAACAGAGAAGGCCCACAGGAGCAUCCUAUUCCAGUCUCCAUAUUUGGCAACCAGGUUGCUGCAUAUUCCUGUGCUGAUAUGGAACAAGGCACUAAUGAAGUGUCGCUUCUGAAUGGUGUUACGGUGGAGGGGAACACCGCACUACAUCUGGUGGCUGCCAAUGGAGAUGGAGAGGACUUUCUCAAAUGUGCAGACCUCAUCCACACCAAGAACAAAGUAUUACUGUCUAUGGAAGAUAAAGCAGGCCUAUUACUGUCUACGCAAAAUAAAAAGGGCGACACGCCCUUGCAUUGUGCAGCAAGGGCUGGGAAGACCAAAAUGGUGUCUCAUCUUAUUGGUCUUUCCAAAGACAACAAUAUUGUUGAAGAACUCCUAAGGAAGGAGAAUAAUAGUAAGGAGACCGCCUUGCAUGAGGCUGUCCGUAUCGGAAAUAAAGACAUAGUCAAGGUGCUCCUGGAGGCUGAUCCCAGCUUGGCUUGUUUCCCAGAAAAAGGCUCUUCAGCUCUGUAUCUAGCCAUCUUGCAGGAGGAGGAAAGCAUUGCACAGACACUGUAUGAUAAGAGUGAAGGUAUUCUCUCAUAUUGGGGACCAGAUGGGCAAAAUGCAUUGCAUGCUGCCGUAUUGCGAAGCACAGAGAUGGUAAAAAAGCUGUUGGACUGGAACCAGAAACUUACUUCACAAGGGGACUGCAACGGAAGUACGCCCCUUCACUUCAUGUCAUCUCGAUCACGACUAAACACAACAUGGGUUAUCCAUACUAUUCUCUGGAUUCGUGUUCCGUUUCCAGCAUCUCUGGGUGCCCAAGAAGUCCGGAGACUACUGGAAGCAAAUCCAGCCGCACUGUAUCAACCGGACAAGUGUGGAUUGUAUCCUAUACACAUCGCUGCCUCUGUUGGUAAUAAAAAGGUCGUCGCUAUAUUUAUCAGGUACUGUCCGAGCAGUGCCGGAUUGCGCGAUAGCAUUGGACGAACGUUCCUUCACGUUGCUGUUGAGAAAUCGAGACGGAAUAUUGUUUCAUUCGCUAGCAGAACUCGGUCGUUAGCUUGGAUUUUGAAUAUGCAAGACAAUGACGGGAACACUGCAUUGCACCUGGCUGCCCAGGCCGGGAGUCUACGGAUGUUCUGUUCUCUAUUUGGGAAUCCGCAGGUGCACAUAAAUAUUAUAAAUAAGAAAGUGCAAACUCCUCUCGAUAUAGCACGGUGUAGGAUCCCCCCAGGAAUGCAUUAUCAUCAGAGGAGCGAAGCAAAGAUUCACUGGAUACUGAAACAAACCGGGGUUCUAAUCGCAACAGUGGCAUUUGGUGCAACUUUCGCCCUUCCUGGUGGUUACAAAGCUGACGAUCACACAAAUGGGGGGACACCAACUCUCGCUGGGAGGUAUGCUUUUGAUGCAUUCAUAAUGGCCAACACAAUAGCAUUCAUCUGCUCCUCGAUAGCGACUGUUGGUUUCAUGUUCUCUGGAACUUCAAUGGUUGACCUGAAGACCCGCAAAGUCUACCUUGGAACAGCAGUAUUCUUCAUGGAUAGUUCAGUCACGAGCUUGGCUGCUGCCUUUGCACUAGUUGAGAAGAAGGGCACGGGUAAGCUUAGAGAGUGCAUUGAUUUUAGAGAUCUUAAUAGAGCUUCACCAAAAGAUGAAUAUCCUAUGCCUAUAGCCGAUGUACUUAUUAAUGCUGCAUCUGGACAUAGAAUGAUUAGCUUUCUUGAUGCUGGAAAGUUCUACGGCUUUGUAGUACAUGAGAAGAGUGUUGAGAUUGAUCCUAAAAAGAUCGAGUCUAUUAGAAAACUACAAGCUUCUACCUACAAAAGAGAUUUGUAG